AAAUGGAGAUGGGAAUGUGCAACUGUGAAGUUGCGUUACAACUACUCCUAAAACUUUAUUCUUCCAUUCCAUGCCCCCACUCUUACACACAUUGCAAUCAUCUUCCCCUUUCCAUGCUUCCUUUCCUUUCUCUUUCGUCUCUCCAUCGUAAUUCACUGCUUGAUGCCCUCUUAAAACUAUAACCACAACCUAAUUAACUUCAUUCUGAAAAAAUAAAAAUAAAGCUUUUUCUUUUUGUCAAGCUCUGUCUGUGUAUCAAUGGCAAAACCCAAUUUUGGGUCAUUCUUCAACAAGUUCCUAUCUCUCUUCAUCCUUCUUCUUCACCUUGGUUGCUUCAUUUUCACUGCCAAAGACCACCAAAAACCACCCAAGAAACGCAAACAUUCGCCGCUUUCUCCUUCCUCUCCUUCUCAUAAACCCCACGCCAAUAAAUCUCUUUCUUCAACUUGGUCUUAUCUCAAACGCAUUUUUACUUCUUCUAAAGCCAAUUGCAGAAACACCAUCCCAACACACCCUAGAGCCGCCCUCACUCCUGCGUUAACCUCCGCUAGAAACUCCCAACAAUCCCUUGUCUCUAUGGUUAUUCCUCCCGAAACUCAUUUAUCUGAGACCUCUCUUCCUCCACCUCAUCCGGAAUCCGACAUCUCUUCCGACAACCCCUUCUCCCCUCUGCGUAAUGAUAUCUUCCCCUGCACUGCUUGCGGUGAGGUUUUCCAAAAACCCCAUUUUCUUGAGCAACACCAGGCCACCAAACACGCCGUCUCCCAACUCCUUGAUGGUGAUUCAGGGAAGAACAUAGUCCGGAUCAUUUUCAAAACAGGUUGGACUGACAAAGUUAGGAACCCUGAAAUCCAUCGUAUUUUGAAGAUCCAUAACAGCCCAAAGAUUCUAGCGAGGUUCGAAGAAUACAGGGAGCUUGUGAAAGCGAAAGCUGCUAGGAAUGGUGCCGUAGUAGGGAGACGAGACGAGAGGUGCAUAGCCGAUGGGAACGAGCUGUUGAGAUUUUACUGUUCAACAUUCAUGUGUGAUCUGGGACUUAAUGGGAGUUCCGGCAUUUGCAGCCAGCAGUAUUGCAGCGUCUGUGGGAUAAUCAAGUCUGGCUUUUCACCAAAGAUGGACGGAAUCUCCACGCUAUCAACGAGCUGGAGAGCACACAUGGCGGUCCCCGAGGAUGUAGAGGAAGAGUUCAAGUUCAUGAACGUGAAACGGGCCAUGCUUGUCUGCCGGGUGGUAGCGGGUAGGGUGGGGUCAGAAGGGGAUGAAACAAACAAGGAGGAUGGCGGAUUUGAUUCGGUGAUAGGGAGGGGAGGGGGGAAUAUGGCACAUCAUACCAAGGUUGAUGAAGAAGAGCUGCUGGUUUUCAAUCCAAGGGCUGUCCUGCCUUGCUUUGUGAUCGUGUACACUGUUUGAGUGUUUUUGCAUAUCUGCCCUUAUGACCCCAAUAGAAACAAACGGGUUUGCUGCUAAAAUUAACCAUAUGAUGGAGAUUGCUGUGAUGCUAUAAUAGAAUAUGCCUGCUUGGUUAAUUAGGAUAAACUGUGUGUUUAGAGAAUGUGAGAUUGUAAAUCUUGUGUUUGGAUCAAAUUAGUAGCCUUUCUUUCUGUAUUUAUGUAAAAGUCAGUUUUGUACUAUGAUGUUAGAUCUAAUUUCAAGUUCAUCAUAUUUAUUAUA